ACGCGCUUCCUCCGCCUAACGGCUGUCGUGACGACAACCAUCCUAACCUAAACACAACCCAAAGCGAUUUGGAUUCUGAUAUCCAUUUGGUCUUAACGCUGUCAGAUGUGGAUUUAUAGCGGAUUUCACGUAUCCGGAAUGCGAGGAUUUUCUGCGUUGUUUUUUAUUCGCAGGAUUGUAAACUUGAGCCCUCGCGCACAGCUACGUAAAUGAAUGUGAACAUAGCGGUUAGCUUUUAAAACACCGGCGUCCAAAUUAGCCAAACAAACCUGAUAAUUGUCUGUUUGGUAUUUGGUUAGUUUAUAUUUAGUUUAGAUAGCGGUGGGUUAUUUUUUCUUUGCACUUGCUCUAUGCUUGUUCGGUUAACUCGAGGACUGUAUAAAUAACUCGGCGGUUUUUUUUUAGACGAGGUUAAACUAGCCAAAGCUAGAAUGUGGACUCUGUAGCUACUCGUGUUUAUACGCAGUCUGGCGUUUUAAACUCCAGCUGUCUUUAUGCACAGCAGUUUACAGGUCACCGAUACCGUCGAGGUAACAAAAGUAAGAUGCUAGUUAGCAGAGCUGUACGUUUCCUUUGGGUUUUCGGCGUUGAGUAGCAGUCGAGCCUGUACGUAGCUCUUUGAUCCGUUAAAGGAGAUAUAAGUUGGCUAAUGAAUGAAAGCUGGGUGAACUCGAAGGGCAUAAAGUCUGUCCUGUUCUCGCCUGUGAGGCCAUGUCAUUUCCAGCAGCAUGCAUGUCACUGGCAGCAGCAGCAGUAGUGGUAGCGAUGCCCCCAUGCCAAGCCCCUCAAGCCGCCUCCUGCCAGCGUUCACUCUGGGCAUCGCGGUGGCCGCGGUGCUCUUUCAGUCCGGAUACGGAGGACUUACUAUAACCUCGUUUUUCCUCAAGCUAUUCAUUUACAUCUCCUUCGUCCUGUUCUGCUUCCUUUUGGGCAGUUUGGGCUCGAUUGUCAAGAAGAGUCCACCAAAGAUUAUCCUAUUUGAUCCCACCAAGGAGCACUCGCACAAGCUGCAGGAUAUAUUCAACAAAUUAAUGGGAAGGUUUUCUGUACCACUUCUAGACUUGGCACAGACCAGACGAGUAGUGGUGUCGCAUAAUGUGGACAAAGCACUAAAAGAGGUGUUUGACUACAGCUAUAGAGACUACAUCCUGUCCUGGUAUGUGCCUCUGAGUCUAGAUGAAGGCCAGUUGUAUCAGAUGCUGGCUGAAGAUUUCUGGGAAAUGAUUAAACAGCUGAGGACUCGCCUUUCCGAAGUGGACGUUGUCAAUGUAGUUUGUAACAACAUGGUUAAGAGCCUCCAUGGCCAUUUCUGUGACCUCAAGGCCUCGAACACCAGGCAAGAAGAGUUACCCAGGGCCUUCCCGCUUCAUCCUUGUCUGUGCAGUCCCAAUGAGGAGAUGCGUUUCCUGCGCUGCUGUUCACGUCUACUAGUUCUUUGCUUGCUGCCUUUUCGUGACGCUCGCUCCCACAGUCUUCGGCUCGUCCUGGUUGAGGUUAUCGCCACUAAAGUGUUAAAACCAUUGGUGGAGGUGCUAAGUGAUCCAGACUACAUUAACCAGAUGCUGUUGGCUCAGCUAGAACAUCGGGAGCAAGUGAACGAGCACCAUAAGAAAGCGUACACGUAUGCGCCGUCCUAUGAAGAUUUCAUCAAACUCAUCAGUAGUAGCUCUGACAUUGACUUCCUCAAACAGCUCAGGUAUCAGAUAGUUGUGGAGAUUAUUCAGGCCACCACUAUCAGCAGCAUUCCCCAGCUCAAGAAGCAGAAAGACAGUAAAGGGAAGGAGACGGCUGCUAUGAAAGCGGACUUGCUACGAGCUAGGAAUAUGAAACGCUAUAUUAACCAGCUCACCGUGGCCAAGAAGCAGUGUGAAAAGAGGAUCCGGCUGCUGGGGGGUCCAAACUACGAGCAGCAGGAAGACGGGAACCAAGAUGAAGGAGAUGGACCUCAGAGCCAGAAGAUUCUUCAGUUUGAGGAGAUCAUGUCUAACGCUAUGUUCCGGGAGCAUUUCCGUGUUUAUAUGGAGCGUGUGGAUAAGAGAGCCCUCAUCAGUUUUUGGGAGUUGGUGGAGAUGCUCAAAAGUGCUAACAAGAGUGAGGUGCCACAGCUGGUUGGUGAAAUCUACCAGAAUUUCUUUGUAGAGAGUCGGGAGAUCCCAGUGGAGAAAGCUCUGUAUAAGGAGAUCCAGCAGACUCUGGUAGGGAACAAAGGCACAGAUGUGUUUCACAAGAUCCAGAGCGACGUCUAUGAGACAAUGAAGGAACGAUAUUACCCCUCAUUCCUUGUGAGCGACCUGUAUGAGCGUCUUAUCAAGCGGGAGGAGCAAAGAAGCAGCUCACAAUCCAGCAGUGAGGAAAAAGAUGAUGGCUGUCAGACCAUGGAGGGGGCAGAGGUGACUCUAGACGAGGGCAGUAAAGGUAUAAAUGAGCAGGCCAGCUAUGCUGCUAACAAACUCCAGCAUCUCUAUGAAAGACUGGAGUACAAACGCCAAGCACUGGGCUCUAUACAGAAUGCACCCAGACCGGACAAAAAGAUUGUGUCGCUCCUGAAAGAGGAGAUUGGGGUGAUGGAGAAGGAGCACAGUGACCUGCAGCUGCAUAUCUCGCGCACAGACUGGUGGUGUGAGAAUCUGGGCACAUGGAGAGCUAUGAUUAACACUGCUGAGGCUUGCGAGGAGAACGGCGAGCAAAUGGCUUUUUAUCUGGUAGCAGUGAGUCUGAUGGAAGGAGAGAGCACAGAGAACAGCAACUGGUGCGUCACAAGAAAGCUGAGCGAGUUUCAGUCUCUGCACAGGAAGCUGACUGAGUGUUUUCCCUCACUGAAGAAGGUCCAGCUGCCCUCCCUCAGUAAACUGCCAUUCAAGUCCAUUGACCAAAAAUUCCUUGAGAAAUCCAAAAACCAACUGAACACAUUUUUGCAGAAAAUGCUGACAGAUGAGCGGAUGUGCCAGAGUGAAGCUCUGUAUGCAUUCCUCAGCCCAUCACCAGAGCACCUUAAGGUCAUCGACAUCCAGAAAAAAUCCACUUUCUCUCUUGCCUCAUUUUUGGAGAGACUGCCAGGAGACCUUUUCUCCCAUCAAGAGGAUGAGGCAGAGGAUGACAGCGAUCUUUCCGAUUACGGCGAUGAGGUGGACGGGAAGAAAGAUGUCCUUGCUGAGCCCUUUUUUAUGCUCAUCGGAGAGGUGUUUGAACUCAGGGGCAUGUUCAAGUGGGUUCGGAAGACACUAAUUGCACUAGUUCAAGUCACUUUUGGAAGGACGAUAAACAAGCAGAUCAGAGACACCGUGAAUUGGAUCUUCAACGAGCAGAUGAUCGUUUACUACAUUAAUAUUUUCCGAGACUCCUUCUGGCCCAACGGGAAACUGGCACCACAUAAUAAAGCUCGCUCUGAUGCAGAGCGCCGCGAGACCAAGGAGAGAGCACAGCAAAAACUGCUGGACAACAUCCCUGAUGCACUACAGAAUCUUGUGGGGCAGCAGAACGCUCGUUAUGGGAUCAUUAAGAUCUUCAAUGCACUUCAGGAAUCCAGUGCCAACAAGCAUCUUCUUUAUAUCCUGCUGGAGAUGUUCCUCAAAGAACUCUGUCCUGAGCUGAGCGAAGAGAUGGAACAUGUCUAAUCUCGCAAACAGUCACCUGUUGAAAGAAAGCUUCACCCUAAAUCCACUUAUUUUACUUGAACAUGCUGGAAGGAAGUUUUAUUUAAGAAUCACUAUGAGGAAAAACUUGACUGACAUUAUAAUUUUUUUUCCCAUCCUCUCCAUACUCACCAGAUCUAAUGCCUACCAACCAAGUUUAAUUUUCUUACUGUCCCUUUUUUAUCGUCUGUGACAUCUUGUUACACCGCAAGGUCCUAAAAUGUGAAUAGUUGUGGAUUGCAGUGUUGUACAAACUUAAAAUGAGAAAAAGUAAACCUGGACCUCUUGAACCUCUA